AUGAAUAUUAGUUAUAAUUCAUUAAUUCUUAUGCCACAAUAUAAUUUUAAAUGGAAGUUUGUGAUAUUAAAUUCAUACUAUAAACUAUUCAAAUUUUGGAUACUAUUUUAUACUUGUACAUAUCUACCUCAUUUAUGUAAAGCAUGUCAAAGUAUUGCAAACAUUAAAAUUACUGAACAUUCUACUGACCAAUUUUUGAAUCGAUCUAAUUUUAAUGCUAUGCAUUCAUCAUGGCCAAUGAAUCCCGUCAAUUCACAGUUAUCUAUAAAUUUAAGUGAGAUUCUUUUACAAAAUUUACAUUUGUCCACAGAAGAAAUAAAUGCACCAUUAUAUUUCUCAGAUGUGGAACAGAGUGAACCAUUUACAAUACGUCAAAGAGUAAAUGAUGAUCGGUCAAAAUUUCCCUGGUACGAAUUGACUUCAAUCAUUCCAGUUAACCGUGAAGCAAUAUGUGAUGUCAAACGUUAUCCAGAACGUGUAUCAGUUUCUCAAUUAUGUUGUUCACUGACAACAGCUACAAGAACUAUGACAACUAAUGAAGCUCAUUUUCAUGAUCGAAAUAUGCAUACUUUUAAUGGUCCAUGUUGUAUGUUUUUAGGUAUUACUAUUUCAUCAAAAGGCACAUAUUUUCUUCGUGUUGAUAUCAAUGAUGUAAAUGACAAUACGCCUAAAUUUCAAGAACUAAUAUUAGGCAAGUCAUUAAUUAAUAAACAUGAUAAUUAUGGCAGAUUUGUGAUACAUAUUAUGGAAAAUACACCUACCGGUAGAUGGAUACCUUUACCUAAAGCAACAGAUUUGGAUGAAGGAAUAAAUGCCUAUGUACAAUAUUCAAUAAAAUUGCCAAACAAUGAACAUUUAUGGAAUGAUUAUUUUAAAUUAAUCGAUAAUGUACAAAGCAGUAAUGUAGAAUCAUCGUCUAUACCUACUAAAGUCUACCUAAAUGCUGAUAUAAACGAAUUUAGUGUUUUAGCUACAGAUUAUAAUGGUCCAGGAUUACUUGUACUAAAAACUUUGGAUCGUGAAGAAAUUUCCAGUUUUUCGUUCAUCUUAGUUGCAACUGACAUGGGGCAACCAUUACCAAGAUCCAGCUCCUUAAAUAUAUGGUUACGUAUAUUAGAUGAAAAUGAUAAUCCUCCAGUGUUUGAGAAAUCCGAAUUUCAUGUUGAAGUGAAUGAAAACAAAGCCGGUAUUUCAUUACUUAAUAUUCAUGUGAAUGAUUCUGAUAUUGAUUCGAAUGCACGACUUAAUUAUUACUUACGUACAGCAAAUGGAAUGAAUCAAGUUAGUCCUGAAUAUUUACGUAACCAUAUACAAUUAUUACCAUCUGUGGAAGGUGUCAGUUUGAGAAUAAGUCAACCGUUAGAUUAUGAAGUACAGUCUCAUUUUGUUUUUGAAAUUGUAUGCGUUGAUCAAGGUCAUCCACCGUUAUCAGCAUCAGCCCAAAUUAAAGUUACUGUUUUGAACAUGAAUGAUAAUGCACCAAUCAUAAAAUUUUAUUAUCAUGGACAACCACUGGAUUCAAAUUACGCUCAGAUUAAUGUUUAUGAAAAUGAAUUCGACAAUUAUUCUUUAGAAAAUCAAAUCUUAUGUCAUGUACAUGUAACAGAUUUAGAUAAUGAUUUAAAUAGUAUUCAAUGUUCAUUAGAAGGAAAUAAAAGUAAACAAUUUGAAUUAAAAGAAGUUAGCACAAACAGACUUGUACAAAAAAGAAAAAUUUUUGACUUAGUGUCAAUUAUGUCACUAGACAGAGAAGUUGCACCACAGCAUACACUUACAGUUAAAUGUCAGGAUGGUAUAACUGAAUCUAGUUUGGUUGGACAUAAUCAUUUACAUAUCAUUGUGAAAGAUCGUAAUGACAAUGCACCAAAAUUUACGCACGAACAUUAUAUAGGUCACGUGAAAGAAAACACUGCAAAUACAGUUGUUGCGCUAAUAAAUUCAAACACUGAAACAGCGGUCAGCUCAUAUAGAAAUAUGAUACAUGCUACUGACCUAGACAUGGGUCCUAAUGCACAAAUAGUCUACUCACUGGAGUCAUUAUAUCUCUCUGACUAUAUCAAAUUUGUACAAAAUCAUACUAAGAAAAACGAACAGAAUUUAUUACUAUUCAUCAAAAAUCAGACGCAGAGACUUGCCAUUUCCACUCACUUUGAUUUAAAUCACAAUACUACCGGAGAGGUUGGGGAACAUCAGAUAAAACACUCUUCAUCGUAUGAUACACAAAAAGAUGUGGAAAAUUUCUACAUAGAUCCAAUUAGCGGUCAGUUAAGAACACGUGUAGAACUGGAUUGUGAACGACAAAAUGUUUAUUAUUUUAUUGUAGUUGCUACUGAUCAAGCAGUACCACCUGAGAAAAGGCAUUCCACCACGGCACUUGUAACUGUAAUAGUCGAUGACGAAAAUGACAAUCCACCAGUCUUAGAACAACAUCAUUAUAUUUUCGAUAUUUCGGAAGGUUUACCGCGUCAUUCUUUGGUUGGUCAAGUGAAAUCGACAGAUGCAGAUCGUGAUAAAGAAAAUCGAUACAUAACUUAUGAACUUCGUGAUGUAGUUAACAUAAAUGCAUCAAAUUUCAUUUAUGUAGAACAGAAUACUGGGAUUAUUUAUACUCGAAGAAUUUUGGAUCGUGAAGAAAUACAACAAAUACCAUUUAUAAUUAUUGCCCGUAAUGAGAAACCGAAAUCCAAAUUUUCAUCUAUCAAUUUAAAUAGAACUAUAUUCUAUGAUGAGGCUAGUGUUACAAUCAAUAUAGCUGAUCAAAAUGAUAAUGCACCUGUUAUGUUACAUCAUGGGGAAAUACUAAGGUACUUUGGAGGGACAGAAGGGGGAUUAAUUAGUCAAACAAAACAGAUUCAACCUCUUUCAGUGGUUGAUUUAAAAUAUAACGUAAAUGCUAAAGAUCCAUUCAACUCAUGUAUUGAAUUUCCAUAUUAUUUUACUGAUGCAGAUGAGAAAGAGAAUGCACAGAUAGAUGUUACACUUGAAACAAACCCGUAUUUUGAAUUCAGGUUGGAUCAUACAAUAAUAUGUAAGAAGAGUAAAGAAGAUCCUCCCGUAGGCCAGUAUACCGUACACGUUGUUGCAAGUGAUCGUCCUACUGAUCCUACAAAGUCGUUAAAAAGACGUUAUGCUGUUCGCAUUCACAUCGUCGAUGAACAAAUUUCAACCAUUGAAUCACAAACGAAUUUGCUUAAAAACAUAGAUUCGGAUUCAACACCUGUUUCUAGGGAUACAUACUCAGCUAAAUGGCUUCAACCAGUGCGUCUAAUUGGAAAGGAUAAGAAGGUCUCAGAUCUUGAAAAACGGUAUCCUAAAAUGAUUUCCACCAAUAAUAAUGCUCAUCAUUCAUACCAGUCAAUCAAAGUACUAGAUGAGUCUCCACAGCGGUACAGUUUAAGUACAAUGGCUAUUGUAGCAGCUCUGAUAUCUGUGGCUGGACUGCUUUGUCUAUUGUUGAUUGGUGCAGUUAUUGCCAUGAGACGAAUUGCACCCAGGACUCAUAAUGAAAUCUCAGUACCAAUACACAAAAACAAUGAUAGAGAAACAAAUCGUUCUGGAAUGUCUGUAUGGAAUAUGAAGUCGUAUCCCAGCCCUGAGUAUACAUUAGAUAUGGAAUCGGGAAAAAUUAUAGAGCAUCAUUUAGGACGUCAAGCUGGUAAAUGUUUAACUCACAGCUCUACAAACUCAUAUGUAGGUGAUUCUGUGAACCAGUUAUGUCAUCCAUCUUACCCUUCUACCACUCAUCCAUUAGAUAGUUCAGUCCAAAGAUUUUCCCCAGUUAGUAUAAGUUCUUUAUACGGAUCUGUUAAGUAUAAUGUACAAACUUUCAAAAUUCCAACAACAUUUAAAACUAUGACAAGGCAAUCUCCUAAAGAUUUUUCGAUAUGUGAUACAUCUCAAACAGAAUUAACUACGAAACGCAAUUCCACACUAUCGAAAUCAUGUGACGAAUUGAGGAUGAUUACUGGACCUAUGAAUAAUUUGAGUUUACAUCAUCAAACUAGUCCAUCUUAUGAAGAACAGAUUUUAUUGAAUGCUGAUCAAAUGUAUGCCAUGAAGUGUCAAUCAAUCGCAUCCAAAUAUCAAGAGUUUCAUAACAAACAGGGUAAUAAUAAUAAUAAUAAUAAUAAUAAUAAUAAUAAACUGUCAGAUGAAUGCAAUAACCAAUUGAAUGAUAAAAAUGAACAAAGAAUAUGGCUUUUGCCAAAUAAUAAAAAUAAUGAUAUUAAAAAUAAUACACCUGGUUUAUUAAUAUCACCCAAUGAUAUUUCGGAUUAUCAAAGAUUAGAACUUACAAAAUAUCCUUCAAUAUUACGUAAAUCAGAAUGUUGUGAAAUCAUGCUUAAUUCAUCCAAGAAUAAUGAUACGAAUACCAACGAUUGGUUUCGUAAACAACAAAGCAAUUCACAAAUCACAGAAAAAUCUACAGAAUAUAAUCAUCAUCAAUCUAGUCAUCAGCCGACAAAUUUAUUGUCAGCACGUUCUUUAAAAUGUUUAAACAUGCAAAAAUCAUUUGUUUAAUUUUUUAUGUACAUAUAUAAAAU